AUGGCCGAGGCCGCCUCCGCCGUCAAUGGCACAAGCCAACCUGUACGGCCCAAGCUGACAGGCAGAGCCUUCUACGAAAUUAUAGGCAGUCCCAAAAUGAUCGUCGCCCCCAUGGUCGAUCGCUCAGAAUUCGCAUGGAGGCUCCUGACCCGGUCUUACCUGGAUGAAGAGCGGUCGAAAUCUCUGCUAGCAUAUACCCCGAUGUUCCAUGCCAGACUGUUCGGCGAGUCUGCACGAGUACGCGACGACCACUUCCAGCCUACGAAGAGCAGUUUGGUGUCGACGGAGAAAUCCUCCUCGCCACCCUGGUUAGAUGGGAACCCGGCCAUCGACAGGCCGCUGUUCGUGCAAUUCUGCGCCAAUAAGCCCGAAGAGCUGCUCGAAGCAGCCCGGUACGUUGCUCCAUACUGCGACGCGGUGGACUUGAAUCUCGGAUGUCCUCAAGGGAUCGCUAGGGCAGGACACUACGGUGCAUUCCUGCAAGAAGACUGGGACACCAUCUACAAGCUGAUAAGCACACUACACAAGGAGCUGUCGGUUCCGGUGACGGCGAAGAUGAGGAUUCUGGAGACUCGAGAGAAGACGCUCGAAUAUGCAAAGAUGAUUCUCUCGGCCGGCGCGAGCAUUUUGACUGUUCAUGGGCGACGGCGCGAGCAGAAGGGCCAUAAUACAGGCUUGGCCGAUUGGUCGACGAUCCGCUAUCUACGGGACAACCUGCCGCCCGAAACCGUCCUUUUCGCGAACGGCAAUAUCCUCAACUACGGCGAUAUUGACGCCUGUCUAGCCGCCACCGGUGCGGACGGUGUCAUGAGUGCCGAAGGGAACCUCUCGGAUCCCACCAUCUUCGCUAAGCCGCCCAAAGAGUACAGUCCGCGGGAGUAUUGGUACGGGCGUGACGGCAGAAGCGGAUACCGGCUGGACGCAGUGUUCCGACGUUAUUUGGACAUCAUCUACAAAUACUGUCUGGAGAGGGACCCACCGGUCCGGACUCCAUUGUACAUCCCUGGCGAUCCCAAGCCCGACGAUGAUGCCCUUCUCGAAUCAGCCACCCUCGACGAGCAGGAGCAGGAAGACGAAGGUCCGAAAAAGAAGAAGAGAAAGUUGAACAGCCAAGACAGGAAAGAUCCGAAUAUCAAAUCCUUGCAAGGCCAUUUAUUCCAGCUUCUCCGGCCCAUGCUGGCCGAACAUACUCAUAUUAGAGACGCCCUUGCGCGGACCAGGGUCGGGGACAUGGACAGGUUCGAGAAGGUCCUCAGUAUGGUAGAAGCAGCGGUGAGGGAAGGUCUUGACGAAGAUGCAGCGGCAACCACAACCGUAGCCGCAGCCGCAGCCGCAGACCAGACAACGGUCGAGUCUACACAGAUAGCUCCGCCGUCGACGAAAGAAGAUAUACCCGAGGCCACUUUAACGCCCAAACAGAAAACGGAAGCCAAGUACAAGAGGCCCUGGUGGGUAUGUCAGCCACAUAUCCGGCCGCUGCCCGAGGAAGCCAUCCAGAAAGGGUCUUUGCAAUUAAGCAGGAAAGAAUUGGCUAGGAGAGCUGCCAAAGAGGCCGCCGAGACGAAGAGUGAUCCGAUCCAAAGGACUGAUGAGGUGGCCUCCAAUCGAAUACCAGAGACCGGGACAAAUGCCCCAGAAUCUGCUUCUGGUGCCAGUGAUCUGCCCAAAGCUGCUCUUGUAUGUGGCUGA